AUGCCUUUCAAGCAGCACGGCCGUCAGUACGACCUCGUCGUGCUGGGCGCCACCGGCUAUACCGGCCGGUUCGUCGCCGAGCACGUUGCAGGCAAUCUCCCAACAAAUCUCAAAUGGGCUGUUGCCGGACGUUCUCAAGCGAAGCUUCAGGCCAUUGUUGAUGAAUGCGCGAAGGUAGACGCGGACAGGCUUGCCCCGAGCAUUGAGAUUGCAAAUGUCGACAGCGAGGCCGAGCUGCACGCUCUCGCGAAGAAGGCGUGUAUCGUCAUCACUACUGUUGGCCCGUACUGCAUGUAUGGCGAAAAGGUGUUCAAGGCAUGCGCUGACGCGGGCACCCACUAUCUGGACUGCACCGGCGAGACACCGUGGGUGGCACGCAUGAUCAAGCGUUAUGAGGAUACAGCACGAAGCACUGGAGCCAUCAUGCUUCCACAGGCGGGCGUCGAGUCGGCGCCGCCAGACCUGUGUACCUGGGCUCUCGCCCGCUUUCUGCGGGCCAAGCUCGAUGCGCCGACCAGCGAUGUCGUCAUCUCCCUGCACAACCUCAGCUCUGCACCUUCGGGGGGCACUCUGGCUACCGUGCUGAGCAUCUUUGAUUAUUUUUCCCUCGACGACCUGCGUGCUUCGAGCAAGCCCUACGCGUCAUCCCCCAUCCCGCACCCGGAGAAGGCGCGGCCCACCCCGACCUUACUGCAGAGAUGGUUGGGCGUCUGCAACAUUCCCAACCUUGGGGUGCAGACCACCUCCAUCGCCGGCCGCACCGAUGUUCCCGUUGUGGAGCGCACCUGGGGUCUGCUCUCCCAGAUCCCUUCUCGCAAGGACCAAUUCUACGGACCGCGGUUCAACUGGGUCGAGUACUACAAGCCGCGCAAUUGGCUUCACGGCGUCUUCGUCCAUCUGGGGCUCGUGUUUGGCACCGCGAUGAUUGCCCUUUUCCCGCCCGUGCGAGCUUUGGUGAAGAGAUUUGUGUACCAGCCGGGCGAGGGCCGGACCAAGGAGGAGAUGGCCAAGGAAGAGAUUGAGUACCGUGGUGUUGCGACGCCGGACACGCCGACGGCGCCAGGCAAGCAGGCGUACUGUCGGGCCUGGUUCCACGGCAGCAUGUACUCCCUGACGGCCGUGUUCCUGGCACAAGGAGCGUUGACAUUGCUGGAAGACGACGUGGAGCUCGACGGUGGAGUAUACACGCCAGCUUGCCUCGGACAGGGGUUCGUCGACCGUGCCAACACGGCGGGCUUCAAGAUCGAUGUCAAGAUGAUUCAAAACUAG